AUGCCUCCUCCUGUGUUUUUUGUGAUCUUCAUUCAGACCUCAGAGGCUCCCUCAGCAGACGUCAAGCUGGCGACCGUAGCAGCAAAGAAAGGCAAGAAGGCCGAGGAGGAGGAGCCGCAGCCUGCAGCCCCCGCGGCAGCAGCAGCAGCCCCCGCCGCCGCAGCAGCACCAGCAGCAGCAGUGGUGGCAACAGCAACAGCAGAAGCAACACCUGCAACACCUGCAGCACCGGCAGCACCUGCCGCACCUCCAGCAGAGGAGGAAGAAGAGGAAGAGUAUGUGGUGGAGAAGGUUUUGGAACGCCGAGUGGUGAAGGGCAAAGUGGAGUUUCUGUUGAAGUGGAAGGGCUUCUCAGAUGAGGACAACACAUGGGAGCCAGAGGAGAACCUCGACUGCCCCGACCUCAUCGCAGAGUUCAUGCAGAAAUACAGAGAGAAGGAGGAGAAAAAGAAGGAGAGCAAGAGGAAAGCUUCCAGCGAUGCCUCGGGAGACUCAGAGGAGAGAGGGAAUAAGAGGAAGAAGGACGAGGGUGAGAAGGCCAGAGGUUUUGGUCGAGGUCUGCAGCCAGAGAGGAUUAUUGGAGCGACAGACUCGAGUGGAGAGCUGAUGUUCCUUAUGAAGUGGAAGAACUCGGACGAGGCCGACCUUGUCCCGGCCAAGGAGGCCAAUGUCAAAUGUCCCCAGGUGGUCAUCUCCUUUUACGAGGAGCGCCUCACCUGGCACUCCUACCCCACAGAGGAGGAGGAGAAGAAAGAGGAGGAGAAAAAGGACUAGAUGAGUAGAGGAGGAGCCGGAGUGUGGAGGUGUAAGGGCGGGAAAUCGACAAUGCGCUAGUGAACUGUUGUCCAACUUACUCGACUCUAGCAGCCACUUUGGCAGAGAAAGUGAUUUAAAAAAAAAAAGAAAAGAAGAGAAGCUGCCACUGUAGCUGACGGAGGAGAAGGCGUUUGUUGUUUCUGCCCUGGAAGGAGAUGAGCGCGCUUUCCUCAAAAGAUGCUCCCACUGGUGUCUCAGCAGAAAAUGUAAAAGAGGUACGUUGACACCUUUUGCUCUCCGUCCCUCACCGAGGACGUGUCACCCGGCGGGAGUGGGUGCCUUUGUUCCGCUGCGAUUUCUCCAGGUUACAAACCCAACGCAGGGAAGUGUUUUGUCUUGUUUUUGUACAAUCGGUGACAAGUGCUCGGUGACGGAAAUGCAGGGGAAAAAAAACCGCGCGAGCUGUCAAGCUACCUCUUUUACAUUCCCGCUUCUGUGAGAAGCAGGCCCGAGUGUUCCACUCUGGCAAGUUUGUCUCUCCUCCCUCGUUGCGACGUCCCGUACGACCCCGAUGAGAGGGUGGAAGCGGCCAGUGGGAUCAUGGCUGGUUUGGAGAUGGCAAACUUCCCCUUUUUUUGUCAGAAAACACUGGAGGGGAACGUCUUUUGAGAGGGAAGGUAUUACAGAGGAGUGGAAGAAUGGACAAGAAUCCUUUUUUGUCUCCUUCAGUGUCUGUUCUCUUAGUGCCGCCUGAGUUGUCAUCAUGACGUGCCGCUGUUCUUCAUUUGAAACUCUCAGACACCAAACGCCUCCAUUUCACUCUGACCUGCGCUGACUAUUGAGGAGUUAGGGUUACAAGCCUUCACGUAGACCCACCAGUCACCCACCUGUCUGUCCUCUCAGCCAACAUGGCCACCAACCAGCCAGUGUCUUGUUGUCGUGUGUUAAGUCAGUUUGUAAAAAUAUUUUCCCCUUCAUUCCACUUUUUGACGGUUCUGCAUCUCGUCCUCUUCUGUUUCCUGUUUUUUUUUUUGAAUGUUUUAAAAGAAAAGCUGGUGAGUAAGUAUUUUAUCAACCCUGAGUUACUGUGUUGUGCUCUUUUCGCGAUGGUCGUCACUGAACGUUGACCUGUCGCAGCGCAGCCGGGGGAGUGAAAGCACACACUUGAGUUCACGUCCGUGUCGCUGUGACGGCUUUGAAUCCUAAACGGUUGCUUUUUAAAGUCAUUUCUUUUCGCGGAUCCACAGCUGGUUGGUCAAAAUGGCCGAUGGCGUAGACGCGUGUUGUGACACCAGCUGGAAAAUCCACUGAGUGAUGGGCACAGUUAGUCUUCAGGUGAGAGUCAAACACGUCCUUUGACAUUUAGAUUAGAUGGAAAGUCUUGUUUGGACAGUAUAUACAUGGUGCUAUAUAUCUUUUUAUAACUACAAUGUUUGAAUUUUUUAAAAACAGUUGUAUCAGUCCUCACUGAUAAAAUGGCCACAGCUGUAUUUGUAGAUUUAUUUCCAAUCAAGUCUGUAUUGGCACAUUUGUCAUGUACCUGUCAAAGUACAAAAAACAAAACAAAGCCAAAGAUAUGUUUUUAAACUGUUUGUCCACCAGAAAAAUAAGAUUGUUUUCUUUUAUUGGACUGCAUGGAAACAGGUUUAAGGCAGUCUUAAAAUGUCUUUACGUUAUUGGUUUUGCUAAGAAAGUGAAUGUCAUCGGACUCUUGUGUGACGAUCAUCUCUGUAUUGGCUUUGGUGAGGCUGUGAUCACAAUUUCCCUUUUUAUUCUCGUGUUUGAAGUGUUGUUGUGCUGAUGUCAAAGUGACAGCUGGUGAUCAAACAUGUUGUCAGGGACGACUGUUAAUGCUGUGAUGUGUAGUAAAACAAUAAUGGAGCUUUCAGUGAUACAGUUCGACCACCGCUCGGCCCCUUUUCCAUCAGUGAUAGCACCUGGUACCUGGUGCUCUUGUUGGUACCUGCUCUGGUGAGGUUCCAAGCGACUGUCGGAGAGUGUCGUCACUGGAAGAGUCAUGAGCGCACAGCACAGGAAUCAAACUGUACAUCAGUUAAAAAGACUUAAACAUCCUGAAGACGUGUGUUAAUCUGCAGAAUCACAACCCGUUCAGCUGUAUUUCACUUCAGUGACAUUCAGACGGAGUCUGUGCUCCGGUCAUGCAGGAAUCUUUUUAAAGAACCGAUUCUAAUGAUUCAGUGACGCUCAAAACAUCUGCUUUGCUCUUGUCACUAGUUUGUGUCGCGUGUAAAACACCGUCACGCCAGUUUGGCCGUGCCGUGGCGACCCCGCCCGCCGAGAGUCGAGUAGUGCUGGGACUGUAUCGUGGAGAAGCGCCACACGAUGUCAGUGUGGGAACUGACCUGCACCGUGCUUCAGGCCAGUUAACACUACACCUAUUUUUGUCAUUUUUGGUACAGAGACGGUUUUGAGUAUCCAUGAUUACCAACAUACUGUGAACGUCCUGUACGGGACAGAACAGCAGUGUGUGUGUGUGUGUGCGCGCGCUGUGCCGUCGGCAGCCGUGAGGUGGGAGGUCCUCGUCCUUGUCGUCGAGGUGUUUCCUGGUGAGACUGUUGCUCCGUCACUCAGCUGUGGUUUACGCGGUUAAUGAAAGCAUGUAAAAAACCAAACAAAAUCAUCUUCAUUCCACGCACGCUCUUCUUUUCUUAUCAUGACUCACCAUGACACUGCAGCGCGUGUGUUUUCUUUUAGCUUGGAUCGGCCGGGCGACACUCGAGUCGGGAUGAACCGUCGUCGUUCCUCCCGCUCGCAGACUGUCCUCUGUCCUACACACCUUGAUAUUUACAAAUGUACAAUAGGAUAGAGCUUUUGAAUUCAGCAUGACUUGUGUAAUCACAUCGAAUGUAGCCCGGCUGUACUCAUUUCCAAGCGUAUUGUAUUAAAGCUAAUGUAGCUUCCUCCGUUAGCUGACCCGGUGGUUAGCGAGUUGAAAUCUCUCGUCUGUGAGUUGCUAGCUGUGGGCGGCGGCCUCGUUUAGUGCCAGAGCACAUUUACAUUUUCCUCACGUCCCCAACCCUUGACACAGCAGCAGUACUGAACUCCAUUUUCUUAGUAAUCAUUUCAACGAUAGCGAUCCUUUGUGAAGGAUUCAUUCAGUUCAACACGUGACCGUACAUUGUGUAUGUAUAUGCAUUUUCACAAAGCCAGAAAAGCUCUUUUUCUUCUUCUGAUGCCUCGUUUUAAGUCAUUUGUGUUCCUUUUUUAACUCUAAGGUAGUGGAGCUUUAUUUUUUAGCAUUGUUGCGUAAGGAAAACUCUUUUGUCAUCACUAUAUACACCAGUAUUACGCCGUAUACUCUGACUACCCUGUUUUAACACUGACGAGAAGGGAUCGACUGAGCUGUUACCCAGGUCUGCAGGUUAGCUUUUUCUGUCUUGUCUCUCCAGACUUUUCUCAGUGUGUAGCUGAUUAGCUCGUGUUGUCUUGUUGCUUGUAUAUUGUUUUUUCUUUUGGAAUGUUACUGUCAUGGCUGAUCUUCCUUUUGUCUGUUUUGGACAAUAAAGUUUAUUUUCUGUUUGUUUUCAUAA